GCGUGUGCUCUUUCAAGCUAGUUUCGCUUCAAAGUGUAAGAUUCUUCGUCCUAAUUAAUCCUUCAAAGUGAAAAUAGUGUCAAACAAAAUGCACCUUUUAUUGCAUUUUAUACAACUAUACUUUUAAAAGAAAUUUCAGAAUUAACCAAGUAUUAUUAAUAUUGUUAUGAAAAAAGUUCUAUUAUUUACAGAAGCUUGAUCUGUAAUAAUUUUAUUAAUGAAAUCAAUUGUAUAACAGUGAUAGAAUUAAUCAACUUGCGAAGCAUCGCGCCGUUAUUACGUAUAAAUGUACGUAUAAAUGUGCCUUUGGGUAUUGGCCGAUUUUUUAAAAUUAAUUUCUUAAUAGUUAUUACAAAAAUCGUAAAAUGGUAAAGGACUUCUUCUUCUCGGUUUCGCCUAUUCUACCUGCAUAUGAUGAUACGGUUAUUAUCGGACACCCUGUAUAUAUAUAGGUGUGUGUGUGUGUGUGUGUGUGUGUAUGUGAUUAUCGCAUUUCAAUAAUGUAUCUCAAAUGAGCUUAUGUUAAUAACGCACUCUGCAUUAGCCUAAAAUUCGAUAAAUAAUCAACAAACUAAGAUAAAAAUAUUACUUUUGUGAAUAAAAAGUUGUUUAAGUGAUAAACUUACAAGUUUGCGGCAGAAUUGAUAAGCGUACGUUUACAUAAAAAAUUAAGUCCCUUCUAGAAGUAAUAUUAGUCGUUCCGUAAAAUUCGGAUAAAAAAGCAAGUGCACAUCAAAACUGUGUCCAGAAAAUAUUGUUAUUUGCGAUCAUAAAUAUGCGAUUUUUUUGGUUUUAUUCUAUCAUGCCGCUAUCUGCAUCAGCAAUUGUACUGAUAUUUUUGAUAAGCAUUAAUGCUCAGUUUUGUAAAGCAUCCUUUUUCUGGAAUCAGUCAACUAUUUCAACACAUCAGAACUCCAUGCAUUUUUCAACCCCAGAAGAAUGUGCACGUGAAUGCAAAGAUAAUGAAUCAUCAAAAUAUUGUUAUUAUCAGUUUGUCCUUGAAUAUUAUACAUCAAAUAAUCGUGCGUGUGACUAUUGUGAACAACCAGUGAAUAAUUCGGGAAUUACUUCGUCAUGUGAAUGCGUUAUAGGUGAUGGAUUUGAAAAAACAAUAUUUUCCAUCAAUCGUAUGAUUCCAGGUCCAAGUAUUCAGGUUUGCAGAAAUGACUAUAUUAUCAUUGACUUACAAAACGAAGCCGAAGGUCUUGAAGCGAGUAUACAUUGGCAUGGAAUUUUUCAAAAUGGGUUUCAAUAUUUUGACGGUGUACCAUUUCUGACGCAAUGUCCAAUUCCGUCAACUAAUACCUUCAGGUAUCAAUUUGUGGUAAAAAAUGCAGGUACACAUUUUUAUCAUUCACAUAUAUCGGUGCACAUGAUAGAUGGACAGUAUGGAUCUUUUAUCGUACGCGAUUCGCCACUAUUGAAUCCGUUUUACAAUUUGUACGAUAUAGAUCGUCCAGAACACGUGAUGGUUAUCAGCGACUGGUUUCACGAAUUAUCAUUAGAACGUUUUCCUGGUCGAUAUAGAAAAAAUCGUGGGCAAAUCCCGGAAAAUUUUUUAAUCAAUGGUAGAGGAAAUUGGACGGAUCCUUCAUCUGGAGUAAGCACAAACGUUGCACUUUCAAUGUUUAUAGUUGAAAAAGGCAAACGAUAUAGAUUUCGCAUGAUUAAUGCAUGCAGUACAGUUUGUUUGAUUGAAGUAAAAAUUGAAAAGCAUCCCGUGCAGAUAAUAGCCACAGAUGGUGAAAAUGUGAAGCCAGUACAAGGGAUAGAUGCAAUUACUAUGGCUUCAGGUGAACGUGUUGAUUUUAUUUUGAAUGCGAAUCAAACUUCGGGUUAUUACUGGAUACAUGUACGAGGACUUGGAGAAUGUGCAGAAAGAAAUGCAGGAAUAUAUCAAUUAGCAAUCCUUGCCUAUAAAGGCAGUUCUAAAUCGUCGUUAUCAUCAUAUCCAGGAUAUUUUUUCGGUGUAUCCAGAAAUAUUUUUAAUCCACCGAAUUCUACAGAAUGUGGGAAUGGCUUUUGUGUGGAUCAGUUAACCAAAAUCUACUUUCCUGACGAAAAUAUAAUACCGUUAUAUCAGAAACCAGAUGAAUUAAUUAUAAUGUCUUUUAAUUUUUUUAACUACAGUGAGCCGUUAUUAUUUAACUCCAAAAAUCAAGAAUAUAAACAUUUCUAUGGUAAAUAUUGUUGCUAAACUAUAGAACAACAAAGCAUCAUAGCAUUUUUUUGAGUCUAUUUUACAAUCAUUUCUUUUAUUAUAAUUUUUAUAAAAUAUUGAUAUUUUUGCUGAAAAAAGUCUAAGAUAAAAAAUCUAACUAUCAUUUAUUAAUUAUUAAUAUGCUUUUAGUAAU